AUGUCGUUCUUCUAUGAGAUCAACCUAGGCGUCUUCGCCAUCGCCAAUGCCUACCUUCUCUACAGACAAUACCGUGGCUCAAAGCCAGCCGAACCGGACUAUGAACAGCUGGAGGACCAGGACGAGAGAGAAGAGGUCGACCCGGCUGUCGUCAAGCGCUUCCAGCUCGAAUAUUUCCUAGUCUACGGCCUUGCUGUUGCCGCAGACUGGUUCCAGGGCCCCCAUAUCUACGCCAUAUACAAGUACGAAAAAGAGAUACCAGAGAAGUGGGUGGCGGCCCUCUACGCGGCGGGCUUCAUCUCCGGUGGUGUAAGCGCGUCUUUUGCCGGCGAACUCGCGGAUCGAUAUGGGCGGCGGCUGGCAUGUCUAGUAUACUGCUUCCUCUAUACCCUGACUUGCCUGUCGAUGCUCAGCAAUGACCUGACGGUGCUGUUCCUCGGCCGGCUAUGUGGGGGUGUCUGCACGACGCUGCUCUACAGCGUCUUCGAGACAUGGAUGAUCACCGAGUAUCAUGAUCGGGGGCUGCAAGGCUCUGGGCUCACGCUCAGCUCUAUAUUCGGCUAUAUGACUACGUUGAGCUGCAUCGUCGCCAUUGCGUGCGGUGUUCUGGGCGAUGUGCUGGUAGCCAAACUCGGUGGUCGGGUCUGGCCGUUUGUUGCGAGCAUCGUCUGCAGCAUUGGAGCCGCGGGUCUGAUCAUGAAAACUUGGAAGGAGAACCUUGGCGGCAAGUCCUCUGAGACGAAUUCACUACAGGACAUCAAGACGGGAGUAAUGACGAUUAUCAAGGACAAGCGCGUCUUCUCCCUCGGCAUCGCAUCGUGCUUCUUUGAGGGGACCAUGUACCUCUUUAUCUUCUUCUGGUCUGCCGCGCUGAAGAGCGCGAGACUACGAAGUGGAUCCCAGGAGGACUUGCCUUACGGUCUGAUCUUCUCCAGCUUUAUGUGUUCCAUGAUGGCUGGUUCGGCAUUCUUCUCGCUUUUCACUCCAAACCACUCGAAGGCGAGCGCAUCUUUUAUUCUGCUGUCGGUGAUUCUGACCGUCAGUAUCUGUCUCUCGGGUGCGGUCCUGCUUGUCGACGAGAGACUGCUGUUCUGGGUCAUGUGUCUGCUGGAGCUGUGCAUUGGCGCUUACUAUCCGAGCAUGUCGUUCCUGAAGAGCGAGGUGAUUGAGGACGGUGUCCGUGGGAGGGUCUACAGCAUCCUGAGGUUUCCUCUCAACGUGCUGGUCGUGAUCACACAUAGCCUGGACGAGGAGGGCGAUGCUCAUCGGAAUCAUGUAUUUAUGGCUCUGGCGGGAUGUCUCCUCAUCGCCUUCUUCUUUGUCAAGAGAUGCUUCUCGACCUGA